AGCGAAUGCAGGAGGCGGAGCUGUGAGUGUGGCUCUUCGGGCACAUUUGGAGGAGUGGGGAGUGGCGCACAGCGAAGCGCUCACAGUUCCCCCGAGAGCUGCGGACAAGGCAGACGUACCCUCUGUAGGACCCAUCCUGGACUUAGCCAGAACCUCUCUGCACAACAACUCAGCAUCCACUGCACAGAAACCAAGACAGGGAGCAGUGGCUGCUCCGCAGUGACAGACGGGACUAGAGGGUAACUCUGCUGCCACCUGUUUUAGAGAGACGGAUAAGGGGGAUCUUUGCGCACAGCAGGCAUACAGGAGUUGGGGUAAUACCGCUUCUCUCACCUGCAGUAGGAGGUAACCUUAGCUGCAUACUGCACCGGCUGAGGAACCGUAAAGGGCAGCUCUGUUUGCUGAAACAUAAGCGUAACAUUGUUGCAACCUCUGCCAAAAAGUAUUUAAGUAGCAAAGUAGGAGUUAAAAAAAAUAGGUACUGGACGUGGUGGGUAACCGCACUCACUGAGAUUUGUAAAGUAAGGGUAAUAUUUCACUAAUUUUGCCAAACAGGAAGUUUAGGAGAACGAUGCUGCCACUAGCAGAUGAAAAACGGGGCUAACAGAAGUUUCGUGUAACGGAAGGAGGCGAAUUGUGGGGUAGCUAGCUGAGUCAAAUAAAAACGCAAUAAUUCUGUGUGUUUCUGCUCUCUCUGUUUUAAUUACAGGGACAAGUCUAAGAGUACCGCUACUCCAAAAUAUACUUCACUUCUGAAGAAGUGUGAUCAGUACCACUUGUGUAACUCCAGGUCCGAAGGAGAACUUACAAGUUAAUAAGGUAUCACAAACCAUUACUGUAGGUUCGAGGCUUUCCAUUGAAGGAAACGUAUUUGCUCAAAUAAAAGUGUUAAAAACGUUAGUGGCUACUACAUCCACGAUUACUAGUUUAAAAUGUCAAUUACACCAGACCGUCUUGCAGGGUUGCCCACUUCAGGUGGUGCUUGUUUUAGACCAGAAAACGUUUAUUCUUCCCGGGGGUUCAGAUUGUCCCAACUAAGCUUUAUUUGUCUGCUGAUUGUGUCGUUCACACCACUAUCAAUUGCUUCCCAUUUUCAGCACCAAGAGAUAGUGUUGCCUGUCAAGGUCAGGAUGAGCAGGAAGGAGUCUUUUGGCACCAUGGCGCAGAACCUAGCUGAAGCCAUUCAAAUUUCUGCACUGGGAAAGAAUUUUGUGCUUCAGCUCUUCCCUGAUGACAGUUUCCUUGCCCCAGAACUACAGAUCCAACAUAUUGGUGGUGGCAACUUAGGGUCUGCUAGACAGCAGUCUAGGGCAGGAGUGGAUGACUCAGUUCCUGCAGAAGAGCUAGGACAUUCACGCAGUAGAUUCAAAAGUCAUAGGAAGGAUUAUGGUUGGUCAGUGAGAGAGGAAUCAGACAGAAACCGGCUUGGGGUGCAACUGUUGCAGAGAGACAAACCUGAAGGACAAGGUCCAAAGGGAAGCAGACCAGAGACAAUAAAUUCAAUGCGCCAUUGUUUCUACUCUGGUCAAGUAAACAAGGACCAUGACUCUUUUGUUGCUGUUAGCCUUUGUGGUGGAAUUCAUGGCUCCUUUGUGUAUGAAGGGAUUGAGUACUUAAUUGAGCCUAUCAGUCCAGGACACCAGAAUGACCACUGGAGCUCCACUCAGCUCCAUCAACUUCAAAGGAGGACAGAACCUAUAGGGUCUGAGAUAAAGGACUGGAGAUCAGACAGCAGAGUGAGGACAGUAACUGGUCAGCAGGAUAGUGAACCAAAAAGGGCAAUAGAGAGAACUCAAGGGCUCAGCUGGGAGCAAACACUAGCUGGUAAGUUGGGAGUAGUUUCUGAUGCCCAGGAUGUUCCUGCCACAAGAAAGAACCUGCAAGGUAGAGCCCGACGCUUUGUCUCUGAGCCUCGAUUUGUGGAGACACUGGUAGCUGCAGACCCAUCCAUGCUUCAGUUCUAUGGUGAUGAGCUACAGCACCAUAUUUUAACCCUGAUGUCAAUAGUGGCUCGACUUUACAAACAUCCAAGUCUGGGGAAUUCGGUAAACUUAGUUGUGGUGAAGCUUCUGAUUGUCGAGGAUGAGAAUGUGGGGCUCACAGUUUCCAAUAAUGGAGGGCUAACGCUUCGCAGUUUUUGUAAUUGGCAGCGCAACUACAACCCUCCUAGUGACCGCCAUCCAGAACACUAUGAUACAGCCAUCCUCCUUACUCGCAAGGACAUCUGUGGAUACCAGAGUUGCAGAACCCUUGGAAUGGCAGACAUUGGAACCAUGUGCGACCUCAACCGAAGCUGCUCAGUUAUCGAGGAUGAUGGACUUCAAGCGGCAUAUACAGCGGCUCAUGAACUCGGCCAUGUGUUUAGCAUGCCACAUGAUGAUUCUCGAACCUGUGUACAACGUUUUGGUGAUCUGGGCAAGUACUACAUGAUGGCAUCAUUGUUUGUUCAGCUAAACAAAACUUCCCCAUGGUCUCCCUGCAGUGCUUUUUAUAUCACAGAGUUCUUUAACAAUGGACAUGGGGACUGCCUACUGGAUGCUCCCACUGAAUACAAGGCCUUGCCAAGCAGUCUGCCUGGCCUGGCUCCCACCUACAGCUUGGACAGGCAGUGUCAACAGAUCUUUGGUGAGGAUUAUGAGUAUUGCACAAACACCACUGAUUUGUAUAUCUGUUCUCAACUCUGGUGUAGGCAGGAAGGACAGCCGCAGUGUGUUACCCAGAAUUCCACCCUCCCCUGGAUAGAUGGUACUACUUGUGGACACAAUAUGCUGUGCAGGGACGGUUUGUGCAUGCAUAGAGCAGUGGCCCUACAACCAAAGCUUGUUGUUGAUGGAAACUGGGGUCACUGGGGACCAUGGGAGCAGUGUUCAAGAAUCUGUGGAGGUGGUGUCCAUUUAUCACACCGUGCUUGUGAUGACCCUGAACCCCAGAAUGGUGGCAAGUAUUGUGAAGGUCAGAGGACCAGGUACCAGUCGUGUAACAUGGACCGUUGUCCCAAUGAGAACGGAGUCGGCUUCAGACAACAACAGUGUGCAAAGUACAACAAGUAUAAUUUCACUGACCUUGAUGGGAACAUUGUUGAAUGGAUACCAAAACACGCUGGGUUAUCCCCACGGGACCGCUGCAAACUGAUCUGCCGAGCCAGAGGGAAGAGUGAAUUCAAAGUGUUUGAAACCAAAGUGAUAGACGGAACCCUGUGCAGCCCUGAUUCUACUUCUGUCUGUGUUCAGGGACAGUGCAUCAAAGCUGGUUGUGAUCAAGUUAUUGGAUCUAGCAAGAAACAAGAUAAGUGUGGAGUAUGUGGUGGUAAUGGAACAAGCUGCAGGAAGAUCUCUGGAUCAUUAAAUAAGGCCAAAUAUGGUUAUAGCGAUAUUGUAACAAUUCCUGCUGGAGCUACCAACCUUGAUAUCAAGCAACGCAGCCCAAAAGGAGUCAAACAUGACGGCAUCUAUUUAGCACUGAAGACCAUGGAUGGUAGUUACAUUCUUAAUGGAAACUUCUCGAUUUCUACCAUGGAACAAGACAUCCCAGUGAAGGGAGCAGUUCUAAGAUAUAGUGGUUCUUCCACUUUUAUUGAACGUAUCCAAAGUUUUCAGCAACUUCAGGAGCCUGUGACAAUACAACUACUGGCAGUGUCCAGUGAAACAUCUCCACCAAGAAUCAAGUAUACCUUCUUCCUACCCAAAGAUGUUCCAUUUAGUAAACAAAAGAGCAGUGACAAGAAAAGCCCAUUCGUGGCUUUUAAGCAGCGGUCAGCACCCGACUGGGUUUCAGAAGAGUGGUCUGCAUGCUCAAAAUCCUGUGGCUCUGGGUGGCAGAGGAGAACCGUUGAGUGCCGAGAUGAGGAAGGCAAUGUCUCAACAGAAUGUGAAAGAGCUCUCAGACUGGAGGACAUUAGGCCUUGUGGUGAUGUCCCAUGUCCCCUAUGGCAGUUAGGUCCAUGGUCUUCAUGUUCACAGACCUGUGGCAGUGGAAUUCGAAGACGAAGUGCCUUAUGUAUGGACUAUCUGGGAAGAGUCACAGAAGCUACAAAAUGCCCGCCUUCAAAGGAGCCCACCAUGGUGACUGAGACUUGUUCCUUACCAGAGUGCUGAUUUUACUCAGAACCGUGAUAGUAAAUCCAGCUACUAACUAAGCCCGACCUUGUUCAGAUCGAGCAGGGCUGUAGGUUUAUGGUGAAAUGCACUAACUGACCUGAACAGGUACAGUGUAAACCUGUUUGAAAGUCUAACACAGUUUUUUUUUUCUGAAACUACUGUUUUGUUUCCCCAAUUACCUAACUACCUCAGAAGGUGCAGAAAAUGAAACAAAACAUACACAUGUAGUUUACUUGACAAUGUUAAAUGUCAGUGGUGCUACUCUGCAAGGGGAAAGCAACCUGUGCUGCACUUAGUAUUCUAUUGCCAAAGAACAGUCAGUAUACCAUGCCACACCGCCAGAGAACAGCUGCAGUGUCUGUGGCCUAUAUUAUUCAUUUAAAGUCAUCAUGCAUGGUUUAAUCGCAUGCCAUACGUGAGCAACACUAUAGUGUUACUAUGUUUUCUAUUAAAUACCCUGCAUUUUAAUAUGUAGUGUCCCCUGCAGAAAGCCUGUGUCAUAUGACAUGUGACAUGUUAUCCACUAAAAGAAAAGAGAAAUAUUGCUAAGCUGUAAGAGCUGCAGAAAAAUAAAUACAGUUCAGUAUGCAUUACUUCCCAACCAAACAAUAGUCAUAAUCAUCAGAAAAACUGCUUUUUAUCACCCCCCCCCCCUCCUUAUUGCUGCAGUCGGAGGCUGCAUGAUUUAAAUGAUUACAGCACCAAAGGAAGUAGAAGUUUUGAAGUUACUGUUACUGUGCAGUCUUCGGCAGCCUAACUACUAUUUAGGUUUGUUCCUACUGGAAAUGCAGUUAGUGAAUGCAACAGUAUCUUCCUAUUCAGUCAAAUGUUAGUGUAAUUAUAAGCCUAGGACAGUGAAAUGAACUGGCUCGUUCAUUCAUAUGUGAAUGACCCCUUUCUCUUUCUCUGCAUGCAUGAACUUAAUACCUUAAACCAUGAAAGAAAAGUAUAUAACGCAGUGCAGGUCUAGUGGAAAUUUAUUUUCAAUAUUCUGUGAUGAAUUGCUGGAUCCACUGCUCUUCUAAAAUGCUAUAAGUAACAGGACAAAUGGAAAGUCUAACUUCUCAGCAGAGAAGUCACAUUUCCACCCAUACCUCUCAACUGUCUAGAUUUUUUGCCUCAUAUUUCUGCUCUGUUACUCAUAAAAUUUGUGAUUUUCUGGCCAGUCUCUGAGGACUGAAGUUAUUAAAUAAUGACACUCAUUUGGGUUUCAGGCUUACUAUCCUUCAGAAAAUGCACGCUAACACAAAUUCUGUUAUUCUAGCAACUUCCUCUAAGUUUAUAUGAGAAAUAUUUAAGAUAUAUCCCUAAUUUGGGGCCUCUGUCUCUCCCCACAUUAUUUUAGGCUUGUGCAGAUUCCUUGCGCUAAGAAGUUGAGAGGUAUGUUUCCACCUGUGAACCCUGUGACCACAGUUUGAGAAUGGAUGUGGUUGGCCGACUGCCAGCUAGCAGCUGAAAGAGAAUGUAUCUUGUUACAGUUCUCCUUUGCUGUAGAGUGGGAGCUGAGAUGUUGUUUAGAGCAUGGGGCACCCUGGAAGGAAACAAUAAGCUAAUGCUCUGCUACUGGGACCAUGUAGCAGGCAAAAGAGAGAGAGAGAGAAUAAAAUGUCCUGCUGCCUUCUAGUAGGCAGGGAGCUAGAAUUUUGCAGUUAAACUGUUCCCCAUCCCCACCACACUGAUCUCCUAUGAGAGAUUUAGGUCCAUUCAUCAGUCAGCCAAGUUAUCUUUGUAGUGCUUGCUGGAAUGGUUAAGUGCAAACCUGAUUGGGAGAAUUACAUGAUUAAUUUGAUAAAGAGAACUGGAGGGGGAGAGUAACUGAGGGCCACAAAAAAUAUAUAUAAAACUGUUCUCAUAGUACAAAAGAUGCAGAAUACAAUAAAAAUGACAGUUUCCUCACUCCUGUUUGUCUAGGGAUCUAAUGCAUCCUUAAUUGACUUAUUGUUUUGCAGGACCACUCACCCACUGCUGCAUGUUCUGUGUGUCAUUUUGAACAGGUUUGAGUGGCAUGAGCCCCAUGCAGGUUGCUUUUCCCAGAGUUGUUAAUCAUUGCUGUAUUUUGACUGCUAUUAUACCAAUCAUGUGCCAAAUCAAUAUUUUGGUGAAGGCAAGUGCUGUAGAACCUUUUUAUUACUAACAAGAGUCUGUAGUUGAAAAUGAGAAAAACGCUGCUUCUAUUUGCCGGGGAACAGUCCCUGGCAUUAUGUCUGACCACUUUGGCUAACAGUUUGGUUAACCAGAUUUGGAAUGUAUGAUUCUCUCCAUGCUCCUUGAAGAAGUAUGUCAUCUUAUUAAAAUGUCCUGCUAGGCAUGAUGCUUAGAGUACCACAACACCUUCUAAACUUAGCAUGUUUGCUUUUUAUUUUCAUUUGCUAAUUAAAUGGAAAGGUCUGAGCACUUCAGCAAUUUUACGUGCAAAAAUUAGAUAAUGUAUCAGGUUUGUGCAAUACUGAUAUAAACGUGCUCUCCUGGAGAAUUUUUUUCUGAGUUUUUCCAGUGAGGCCCAGCCUUAUUUCUGUUUCUUUCCUUUUGUACCCAAGUCCAGCCCUAAAAAUCCUCAUGGAUCAGCUUGCCUUAUUGCAGAUGGUUAUGGCAAUGCUGUAUGUGUGACUGAAUGCACAGCUAACAGAAAUGUUAAAAAGGAAGUUAUUUUUCUGUUAAACUGCUGCAAUAGUGCUAAACCAGUUAGCAGUUAAGCAGUGUCCAUCUCUAAGUUAUGUUUGUGAUUUCAAAAACAAGAUGUUUGGUUAUGUGUCCCAAGUAUGCCUUAUCAUUUUAUGGUAAAAUAGAGACAUGUUCUGGACAAUCAAGAACCCUGUCUGCACUAACAUACAGACGUUACCCAUUACAAUCCAUGAACUUAUUCUCUUAAAAAUGCUGCAGAUCUGUUUAUCAUCAGACAAGGGUGUGAACCUUCCAGUCUGUCACACCAUGUGGGGGAAGAAGUGGGACACAGCUAAUAACCUGGUUCCCCCAUUAAUCUAAGUGUAGCAUUCCACUGGGCAUACACAGACCUGCACCACAUAUUUUCCCUUCAAUGAAGGAACAUAGUUUUUUUUAAUCUUUCUCAUUUGUUGUUCAUAUAUUUAUUUUUGUAUACUUUAUACCACCACCAAGUGUACAACCUAUCUGUCUAAAUAUGCUGCUGCUUUGAGCUCCAUUUAAUGUUAUAAUCGUUCAAUGACUGCAGGUCUGGAUGCUGUGUAGUACAGCUGUUUAAUUUCUAAUGUUGGUUUGUGAAAAUGGCAGGGUUUUUAGGAAGUUUCUUCAUUUUUUGAGAACAAACAUAUAAAUAAACAUUCUAAUUUUUUAUGAAACUCA